AUGGGAAAAGACAGAGAUAAAAUUGCUGAAUACGAAAAAUUUUUGCAUGAAAAAUUAGAACCUGAUUUAAAACAAGUCUGGGAUUUACGUGAAAAGAUAUAUGAAGAAACUGUGAAGUUGAAAAAUUAUAUCCAGUUAAUUAAAUCAAAUGAAUUAAAAGAACUAAAAACUAUGGUUGAUUUAGGAUCAAAUUUUUAUGCACAAGCGAAAAUACCCGAUACUACAUAUAUUUAUGUGAACGUUGGGUUUGGGUUUCAUGUGCAAUUGACUCUGGAUGAGGCAAUAAAAUAUAUUGAUCGUAAAGAGAAAUUAUUACAAAGAAAAUCAGACCAGUACACUCAAGACAUUUCUAAAAUUAAUGCACACAUAAAACUGGUAUACGAGGCAUUAACUGAGAUCAUGAACUUACAAAAAGGAGAGGAGCCACCGUUACGAGAUGAUCUAUUUCUAUAA